AUGUCGGAUUUGGAUAGUGAUUCCGACUUGGCACACGAGAUUUAUGAUCCUGAAGGUGAUCCUAAUUAUUAUGGUUCGCCAGUACGCCGUUCUCUGCCUUUGGAAGGCCCGUCGACGUCGACUGCUCAGAUGCCUAUCCUUCCUGAACGAACGCAGGUGAUUACUUGCUCUGUUGCUCACAAUUUUUAUCGUUAUCCAUGAUAUAUUCUAAGACAAUUUUCUUUCAUCUUUGUAAUCGUGUACAUUAAUUUUCUUAGUUUUGUCAGUGUAAGAACACCUGUAGCCGAAAGAGUGGGAAAAAGCAGCGAGGUUGUCCCUGCAGAGAUGAUGCUUUGUUUUGCUCAGAGAAGUGUUCCUGCGGAACCGCAAAAUCUGCGUGUAAAAAUAGAUUGGAUGUUGCAAACAAAGCAGCAGUUUCCAAUGCCGGGUUAAAUGCAUUCGAACGCCAUCGUAUUGCUGUAGAAGAGUCAAAGCAAGAAAUUUCGGUGAGACCACUGUAUAUUUAUGUUACGUUUUACUGACUAUACAAUGUCACCAACUUAUAAUAACAUUACAACAGUCUGGCAUUUAUAUCGAACAAUUCAAAGCAAUGUUUUGAUAUCAUUCUCAGUGUAUAUCCACACUGGGCAGGCUGAAAAGUUAGCCUGAACACGGUUGCGCUGCCAUUCAAAGUAAUUUGAAUAUUCAUAGCAAUUAGCAAAGCUACAAUGCUUGACAUAAGGCAUUUUUUUUGGCUUUGUAAAACUCAUAAAAUAUCAUCUUUCUUUUUCAUAGCGUUUUAUUGCUAAAUGCUGGACUGUUUAAUAUUAUAUACUAUUACAUAGAUGAAGCAAAUUAAUAUUUACACUUUUGAGGCUAAUAUUGUCAGAUUUUUAAUACUGUGUGAAGAGGUCUGAAUAUUUAUAAUUAUGCAAGUACAGUAUGUUAUUGGGCCAAUCAAUCUUUGUCAAAUCAUAUCUUAUUGCAGGAAUUCAUAUCAAUCUUGACAGGAGAACAGAAAAACGUGAUCCUACUAGAACUCCUUUCAAAUGGUAGUGGAAGUAUGGACUAUGCCAAAAAGUUGUUGGAUUUUGGUGGUACUGUGCCAGAGUUGCCUCCUACAAAGCCAUGUUGGUGUGUUUGUGGAAUUUGUCAACCCAUGCCAAGUGAAGAAGAGAACAAAUGUUGUGGCAAAAUUACAUGUGUGACAUCCUUUGUGACAUUCAGGAAUGUAUGUACUGAUAGGGAGGUUUUAAUCAUGGCUAUAAGGGCCAGAUGUGACAUAAGAGCAGACGAAAUAGACUACUCCAUGAACAGUUUUAGAAAAGCAGCCUAUCGCCAGUACAUACUUUGGCGAUACAAAAAACUUGGGCGUGGAAAUAGAAGAGUAUGUCCAUCAUGUGUGGUCCUAGCAAUAAGACAGGUUUAUCCUGCAGAAGAUGGCCAGUAUAUGGGCUUCAAAAGGGCAUAG